AUGCCAGUUGACAACUACGGGGUCUUGAAAUGCCGUGCUAUCACCUACAAACUCGAAGACGGCCAGCAGAGUCCCAGAGCGCCGCAGCUCUCCCUGUACGUCCGGGACACGGGCUCACCGACCUCGCAGUUGAACGGGUGUGUCCAUCCCAGCCAUUUGCAGGAGGCACGUGCAGGCCUACCGGUACACCGAGCAGCCAUCAACAUCACGUCCGGUGACCUGGACGAUUCCCGGCUGGCAUACUGGGUCAACCACCAGAUCGGCCAGAACCCGAUUGUCAACCGACUCUCGCAGCUGGAAUAUGGCUUUCACCCCGUCGAGAACAAUAAGACUCUGGGUCUCGACUAUAUCCGCGACAGCCUCUUCACAAGCACUAACGGUCGACUUCUGCCCCACGAUAUUCCUGGCCAAUACACCGAUAUCAUAGAUGUCCUGUCGCCGUAUAUCCAACAUGCCGUCCGCGAGAAAGCGAACCUUUACCUGUUCGGUUCUGAAUCUCGCAGUGACACUCGCGGCUCGGCCCCGGUGAUCCACAACAUCCACAUGAACCAGGGCAAUGCGCGCAAAUUCCGCGCCGACGACGGCGUCUUUCAGGAUGGCGGGCUCAUCUUCCACUUUCCAUGUGCGCGUCCGGAUUCUGAUACCGGUUGUGUUGAGGACCGGCCGCGGGGCGAGUGGCUAGGUAUCUUCCUGGCCUUUGCGAGCCAGGCUGUGCAUACCAAUCCCUCAUCGGGGCAUGCAAUUUCAGGCGUAGGCUGGAGUGACAUUCUCCGCCCGGAUAUCAUCGAAGAGGGGGUUGUAAUCCGCGAGGCGAGACUCCAUCUGGACUCGUCAGGUACAGACGCAGACGCUGUGACGGACGAGUCGGAGACCGGAGCCCGACCUUGCAUUGGCCGGCGUAAAUCGAUAUCACUCACCGUCACGCUCUCAAACCACACGAACCGAGCUGUCAGACUGGGCGACUGGACGAUACGGAAUCGUUCGGGCUGUGUGCAUACCCUGCCGAGAGGAAUAGCACUGAGGCCAAUGGUUGACCAGCAUUUUGAGCUGGGAGACUAUACGCUCUCUGAGGAUGGGGAUACGAUCUUGCUGCUGAAUGAGCAUGGGCUGAAGGUUGAUGGGGUCAGUUACAACUCGGCGCAGGAGGGCAUGGGCUUAAAGGGAAAGGGCAAGGGCGGUUCAAUUGUCUUUGUGCACUGA